AUUGUUCUACUUUUGCUACUCCCAACCCCCAUGACACUUGUUUGUAUCCGUAUAUUAAUCGGUAGGAGGUCUCUGUCUCGGCAAAUGGUUAGCGUAAUGACAUUAUGUUCUGAAAUCAAAGCGAAUUCGUUAAUCACAGUGUGAAGGCCAGACUUUGAUGAACAGUGAUGCCAUCUGAAAACGAUCAUCACGAGUCUAUGACAUGCAAAAACGAUCAUCCAAGGGAUGAUCAGGACGUGGGAACCGGACCCCGUUUUCCAACAAGAGGUUAAUCGGAGGAUACUCUACAAGACCAAUCCAAAGGUAGUUCUUCUUUUGUAUCGGCUGCAGUGGGGGCCACAACUUCUCUCCCCAUCAAUGCACACGGAGGCGGCCUGCUGUUCAAGCUUUUUAGGUGGGGCCAAGGAGGAUCGUGUCUCCGCCCACGGCAUCUGAUCUCUCACCCCGCGGGAGCCUGUAGUGCCGUGCCCGUUUAAAUUCGGAUGUUAUAAAUACAUGUAUAUAUCGGGAGGAAUCUCCGCCAUCGAAAGAUCAAAAUAUAAUAGGUUAAAAAGACUGCAAAGCUGCGACACCGGCCUUUCCUGUACCUUCCCGAUCUCCAUCACAACAAUAAUACUGUUAUUGUUAUUAUUAUCACUAAUAAUAACAUUAUAGACAAAACUAAGGACAAUCCAGAAUUAAUUAAUAGUUGGUUUACUUAAAGAACCAAACGACGGCGACAAAGCCCGCAUCUUUUCUUGCCUCCCUCUCUUCCGCCCUCUCGCGUCUCUCGACAAACCAACGUUUCUCUCUCCACCUCCCCAUGUGGCCGCCGUGGGUAAAGACCGCUCGAUCCUCCGCUGCCGCCGGCGCCGUCUGCCGCUCCCCAACCUUCUCCUCCCCGACUCUCAGGGACCUCCAGGCCAUCCUCCGCGACGACCACGACGCGGCCCAUUCCUCAUCUCCCACCCUCCGCCGCAUCCUCCACCGUGCCCGCCUUGCCUCCUCCGCCCUCCGCGCCCUCCGCUCUGCCGUCUCCGAUCCAUACCGCCACCCCCGCCGCGGCGGCGUCGUCCUCUACUUCACCUCCCUCCGCGUCGUCCGCCGCACCUUCGAGGACUGCCGCGCCGUCCGCUCCAUCCUCCGCGGCCUCCGCGUCGCCGUCGACGAGCGCGACCUCUCCAUGGACUCUCGCUUCCUCGCCGAGCUCCAGGCCGCCCUGGGCCUCCAGCGGCCCACCCUCCCCCAGGUCUUCCUCGCCGGCCGCUGCCUCGGCGGCGCCGACGAGAUCCGCCGCCUUCACGAGUCCGGCGAGCUCAAGGCCCUCAUCGAGGGGGCCGCUACCCCCACCGUGGCAUCCGCCUGCGAGGGCUGCGGCGGCGUGCGCUUCGUCCUCUGCGCCGCGUGCAGCGGCAGCCAUAAGCGAUACAGCGACAAGGGCGGGGGCUUCCGGACCUGCACCGAGUGCAACGAGAACGGGCUCGUCCGAUGCCCCGACUGCUGCGCCGUGGCCCUCUGAUCGACGUCGCAGCGCAGGGCCGGGGGAGGUCGCUUCUCUCCCCAUUCUUUUUGGAAGAAGAAGAAGAAGAAGAAAAGGAGAAGGUUUUUCUUGUACCCUUUCCUUGUGUUUGUUGGUAGAGUUAGCCGGAAAAUGUAAUUGUAAAUUAGGCAUAUCAAUUAGUGCGUUUAAGUUGUGGAUUGAAACUGGGAAUGGACGCCGGCGGUCAGGAAAACAGUAAAUAGUAAGGAAAUGGAAGAAGAAAAAAAAAAAAAAAAGAGUCGAUGGAUGAUGAUGACAACCCUUGACGAGAAGGGUGACAUUAACAAUGACGGUCGAGUUUCCUUCUUCCUUCCAAGAUCUUUCUUCUUCUGCUGCUUCUUUUGCUGCCCAAUCAUGGCACAAGUCUAAAUGCUCCCAAGUUUCAUA